AUGUCGCCGGCUCAAAGUACCUUUUUGGCCAUGGAACAAGGCAAGAUAUUAGUUAAAUGUGGAGGUUUUUCCACACAAUUGGCGAAGCAUGUUGGCAGUAAAAUAGAUGGAGAUCCAUUAUGGGGUUCUCGUUUUGACCAUGAAAAUCCUUCGGCCGUAGUGAGAACACAUUUGGAUUUUUUGGAAAAUGGCGCUCAGAUUAUUUUAUCAAACACUUACCAAUCGAGCGUUGAAGGUUUUAUGAAGCACCUGAAACUUAGCAGAGAAGAAAGUAUCGCUUUAAUGCGAAAAAGUGUUCAAUUAGCCAAAGAAGCUAGGGAGCAAUACAUAAAAAGUGUUGAGGAAAAAAAUGGUACUGCAGAAACGAUUCUAGUUAUGGGUUCGGUUGGACCCUAUGGAGCUAUGUUACAUGAUGGUUCUGAAUAUUGUGGCAGUUAUACCGAUAAAGUAUCCAAAGAAGAAUUUCAAAGUUUUCAUCGUGUACGCAUAGAUGCAUUGCUGGCGGAGCAGGUUGAUGGUUUAUGUGUUGAAACUAUACCUUGCCAGAAAGAAGCAGAGGCUGUUACAGAAAUGCUACUAAAGGAAUAUCCAGGUGUUAAGUUCUGGGUAUCGUUUCAAUGUAAAGAUGAUUUACAUUUGGCUCAUGGCGAAAAUUUUGCAAAUGCUGCAAAGGCUAUUUGGGAUAUGAUUAAAGAACAUCAUGGAGCCAAAGCCCGAGAUCAUAUCUAUGGAAUAGGUGUAAAUUGUCUUAAUCCCAAUUUUGUUGCUAACCUCUUCAAAUCCCUGCACACGCUUUUGGAUAACGAAGAUUUGCCGCCAUUGGUUGUUUAUAGUAAUAGAGGUGAAACGUAUGAUGCUGAUAAAGGAGAAUGGACCGGACGUGAUAAUUGCAUUCCAAUGGAAUCGUAUGUACCUACAUGGAUUGGUUUGGGAGCAUCAAUAAUUGGAGGUUGUUGUCGUGUUUAUCCCGAAGAUAUCCUACAGAUACGAAAAUGUGUUGAUAGUUUUGGAGAAUCUAGACCUAAGGGCCAAAAGAGCGAUUCAAUAUAUACACUAUUCCAAAAACUUAAAACUAACAAUGUAGCAUGUAGUAUAAAGCAUAAAAACAUGAACUCCAAACGAUUACUUGUAAAAGACGGCGGAUUCGGCACCCAAAUUACAAUACAUGUUGGUGAUGCAGUCGAUGGAGAUCCACUGUGGAGUGCACGCUUUAAUGCAACAAAUCCCACAGCUGUUAUUAAUACACAUUUAGAUUUUUUGCAAAAUGGUGCCGAUAUGAUAUUAACAAACACAUAUCAAGUUAGUGUAGAAGGCUAUGUCGAAUAUUUGGAAUUGGAUGAAAAACAAAGUGUGGAACUAAUAAAGAAAACUGUUCGCAUGGCUCAUAUUGCCAAGGAAAGGUUUUUAAAUGAAUCAUAUCAGGCUGGUUUGUCGGUUAAUGAAGGAUUCCCAUUGAUAGUGGCAUCAAUUGGACCAUAUGGCGCACAUUUACAUGAUGGUUCAGAUUAUACGGGGUCUUAUGCUGAUUUUCUACCGGCUAAAGUUAUAACAGAUUGGCAUAAAACCCGAAUCGAUGCAUGCCUCGAGGCCAAUGUUGAUGUUUUAGCUAUCGAAACCAUACCAUGUCAAAUCGAAGCUGAAGCUCUAACGAAAAAGCUUUGCGAAGAAUAUCCAGAUGUAAAAUUUUGGGUCUCAUUUCAAUGCAAAGAUGAUCAAACGUUGGCCCAUGGGGAAUAUUUUGUGGAUGCUGCUCUCUCUGUGUGGAAUAUUGUCAAGGAACAUAAUGCCACAGCCAAUUGCUUGGGUAUAGGUGUCAAUUGUGGUCAUCCGAAAUAUGUGGCAUCACUAUUGAAACCACUUAAUGGAGAUAAAAGCCGGAAGGAGCAAAUACCAUUGGUUGUCUAUCCGAAUAGUGGCGAAGUGUAUGAUGUCAACAAAGGAUGGAUGGGAAAGGAGCAUUGCAUACCAUUAGCUGAUUAUGUAAAAGAAUGGGUGCAAUUGGGAGCAACAAUUAUUGGUGGUUGUUGUCGUACAUAUGCACGAGAUAUACGGCAAAUAAAAGGGGUUAUUGAUGAUUUAAAUAAAGGAAAAUAG